GCUUCAUCAAUAAAGAUAACAAAGAUACCUUUGUCCACACGACUUGGUCAACAAGAUUUUCAUAACUCGGUGUUAGAAUUAGUAUGGAUCAUUGUGGUAAAUUAUGAACAGUUGUACACUGUUCAAGAUCCAUACGAAUUAACAUUAAAUGAAGAAGACUUAAUUUAUUCUUCAAGAACUUUAUAUGUUCAAUGGUCUACUGAGACCACAAAAUAG